AAACAUCCGGUUGCCAGCUCUACUCUGCCUAUAGUAUGUCCAUCUCUGAUGAGAGAAGCAAAACACUUUUGACAGACUUCUUUAGACAAAUAUGAUCAGAUUAUUCUCCCUGAAACAGAAGAAGGAUGGAACCGACCCUGCCGACCGCGGGGGCAGCCAGAAGAAGGCAUCUGCCGCGCAGCUGAGGAUACAGAAAGAUAUGAAUGAAUUAAAUUUACCCAAAACUUGCCAAGUUAACUUUCCCGACCCUGAUGACCUUUUAAAUUUCAAAUUAGUGAUUUGUCCAGAUGAGGGUUUCUACCGAGGUGGAAGGUUCAUGUUUAGUUUCAAAGUUGGCCCUGGCUACCCACAUGACGCACCCAAGGUGAAAUGCGAAACAAUGGUUUACCACCCAAAUAUUGACCUGGAAGGGAAUGUUUGCUUAAAUAUAUUAAGGUAAGUGCCAUCUCUCUCACUCAC